AUGGCUCCCACCAUCCAGACGCAGGCGCAGCGGGAGGAGCCGGGCCACAGGCCCAGCUCCCACCGGACGCUGCCCGAGAGGUCGGGCGUGGUCUGUCGGGUCAAGUACUGCAACAGCCUCCCCGACAUCCCCUUCGACCCCAAGUUCAUCACCUACCCCUUCGACCAGAACCGGUUCGUGCAGUACAAGGCAACGUCGCUGGAGAAGCAGCACAAGCACGACCUGCUGACGGAGCCUGACCUGGGCGUCACCAUCGACCUCAUCAACCCCGACACCUACCGCAUCGACCCCAGCGUGCUCCUGGACCCGGCGGAUGAGAAGCUGCUGGAGGAAGAGAUCCAGGCACCCACCAGCUCCAAGAGAUCGCAGCAACACGCCAAGGUGGUGCCGUGGAUGCGCAAGACCGAGUACAUCUCCACCGAGUUCAACCGCUACGGCGUCUCCAACGAGAAACCUGAGGUCAAGAUCGGCGUCUCGGUGAAGCAGCAGUUCACGGAGGAAGAGAUCUACAAAGACCGCGACAGCCAAAUCGCCGCCAUCGAGAAGACCUUCGAGGAUGCCCAGAAAGCGAUCACGCAGCACUACAGCAAACCCCGUGUCACCCCUGUCGAGGUCAUGCCUGUCUUCCCUGACUUCAAGAUGUGGAUCAACCCCUGCGCCCAAGUCAUCUUCGACUCGGACCCAGCGCCCAAGGACACGAGCGGCCCGGCCGCCCUGGAGAUGAUGUCCCAGGCCAUGAUCAGGGGGAUGAUGGACGAGGAGGGGAACCAGUUUGUGGCCUAUUUCUUGCCGGUGGAGGAGACGCUGCGCAAGCGGAAGCGGGACCAGGAGGAGGAGAUGGAUUACGCCCCCGAAGACGUAUACGACUAUAAGAUCGCCCGGGAGUACAACUGGAACGUGAAGAACAAGGCCAGCAAGGGCUACGAGGAGAAUUACUUCUUCAUCUUCCGCGAGGGCGACGGCGUCUACUACAACGAGCUGGAGACCAGGGUGCGGCUGAGCAAGCGGCGGGCGCGGGCGGGGGUGCAGUCGGGCACCAACGCGGUGCUGGUGGUGAAGCACCGCGACAUGAACGAGAAGGAGCUGGAGGCCCAGGAAGCACGGCGGGCGCAGCUGGAGAACCACGAGCCGGAGGAGGAGGAAGAGGAGGAGAUGGAGGCUGAGAAGGAGGCGGCGGGAUCAGAGGAAGAGCGGGAGAAGGGCAGCGAGAGCGAGGGGGGGGUGAGCGGCGAGGAGGAGGAGGAGGAGGCCGAAGGCUCGGGGAGCAGCAGCGAGCGGGGUGGCUCGGCCCGCAGCGAGGAGGAGGAUGAGGCCGAAGAUGAGGAGGAAGGCAGGGGGGGCCGGCGGGGGGGCAGCGACGCCGCCCGGGCUGCCCGCGACCAGGAGGAGAUCUUCGGCAGCGACAACGAUGAGGAAGAGGAGGAGGAAGAGGAGGAGGAGGAGGAAGAGUCAGAAGGGGGGGGCAGCGAGGGGGGGCCUCCCCGCAGCCCCCGCCUCAGCCCCAGCGAAGCCUCAGAGGAGGAAGAGGAGGAGGAGGAAGAGAGCCCCAGCGACGCCUCCGACUCCUCCAGCAACUGAGGGGGGGGAUUCUCCAGCGGCUCGUAGCAAGGUUGAGCCUGGACCCCCCCCAUCCCCAUUUUGGGGCAAAAACCAGGCACUUUGGGUUCGUUUGUUUUUUUUUUUCUCUUUAAUAACGUAGUCAUGGUUACCAGCCAUAGUCAUAACAAAAGUUAUUCAUAAUAAAAUGUAUCUA